CACUUUUUACGGAGUCUCUGCCGCGGAAUGAUAUGUGCCUUUAUUUCUCGCACUUGCCGGAAUAUCCUCCCGACCGCUGUAAUAGACGCACAUGAUGGACUCACAAUUCAUUAUCCACAUUCCAAUGUCUUUAAAGCCUUUGAUUGCCUUUGUGAUAGCUGCUUCGGCAUUCAUUCACGUCAUCGCCGAGUCUCACACGGUGACAUUCGUUAAUGAUUGCGGAUCUGGAACUCCGUAUUUGCGGGCUCAAAAUGGCACUGUGUUGUCCACUGGAGAAGCGUAUACAAUCAAUGGGCCCCUUGUGGAUGGUUACGCUUAUCUUCAGACCGGUGCUUGCGACGACCAAGGAAAUAAUUGCACUGUCGUCGAGUUCACACUGCAGAAUGGAGACACUUCCGCUAUAAUUGAUCUCGUUCCCCCCCAUGUGUUUUCCGUAGCAACCGGAUACGGCUUCUACAACGGCUGCGAUGGCGAUGGUGCAGACUGUACUGUUGCCGAUUGCGCGUCUGCAUACCGUGGCGGUGCCGGGGUAUAUCCAGCCAUCCCUUGUGCUGGUGAUAAUGUGGAUCUCGCGGUUCUGUUCUGUGACUAAUUGGACCGUUUAUACCAAUCCUCUCGACGUGGGCAUCUGCUAGUAUAAGUCGUUACGUAGUGCAACACUACUAUACGGCGACAGCCAGUCAAAUCAUUAGUAUCCUGCAGAAGCUGAUGCUCACGAAAUUUCGUGUUCUCGGCCCUCCCUGCUCGGUG